AGCCUCCGUUUCCUUCUGCGUUGCUUCGGACGUGUGGGCCGUGCAGAGCGUCAGAGUUUGCCGUACUGCGCCGUUAUUGGCGCGCAUUGCUCGUACGCAGAAGCAAAUACACUUCACUAAAUCUUAGUAAACAUUCACGUUUAGCCACAAACGUCGUUUCGGCCGGUGGGCACUUCACUUUGAAAGUGGCACGAACUCCGUUUUCUAGCUUUUACCUCUGUGAUAGGUGGUCGGUGUCACGAUGCGGCGCACUCAUCGCCUCCUCUUCGACUCCUUCAAGGCCGCUCGUGGGGAGCUGGAGCCCCUCUUCUCCACCAUGAAGUCGGAGGAGCACAUGCGCAAGGAGGUGCGGCAGUACAUCAUACCCGCCCUCUCGCACCGCCGCCCUCGCUACCUCAACGAGCGGCUUGGGCGUGCACAGCAGCGCAGCCUCUUUCGCACCAACGUCUCGCUCGUGCUGCAGGAGGCACGACGGCGCGCCAACUACCGCGUGGCGGCGGCCGCGCUGGACGUGGCGCUGACGGAGGUGCACCUCGCGCAUCUUGCGCAGGAGCUCGACCCCACCUGGGUGAAGGAUGCGGUGUCGUCGUGCCAAGAUGUGGCGGAGCUGCGAAUGAUGGAGGGGGUCCUGCGCAAACAUGAGCAGCAGCUCCUCGCGAGCGGGACGGCAGCCGGUACGGAGGGGAUGUUGUUGGCGGCUGCGUUUGGCCGCUCUGCAUCCGCUGCGACGGAGCGUGGGCGCCGCCUCGGCGAUGACGAUACCACGGAGGCGAUGGAGAGCGCAGACGACUGUGUAGAAGCAGCGAGUACUACGGCGUCUUCUGCGCUGACCAGCUCACUGAAUAAAGCCGACCGUAGCAGUCUUGUGGGAGUCGCCGGUGGAGAUGGUGUGACGGCUUCGUCGUCUGCUGCCGAGGCGAUGCGUCCAAUGAGUGACGAAUUGCGUGUUGCCACGGCGCUCACGCAGCCGCCCUCCGCCAGUGAUCUUGCCGUACGUGGCGGCAGCGGCAUUGACGCGUCGCUUUGGUCGUCCCCAGAGGCCCGAGCGGCUGCCGGCCUGCGACGGCUGCAGCGGCAACACCGCGACAUCACGGCCAGCCCAAACGUGUCCUUUACACGCUACUUUCUUCAUCAAGGUUUGGUGCGCAAUGAGGCCGAGUUGAUGGCGCUCUAUCAGGCAAUGCGUUCACGUCCGUACGACAUCGCAUUCCGCGUGGUUGGAGGCGGCGGGACAUCGCCGAGCUGCUCCCCCUACGCGGGUGCCGUGCAUGAUUUACUGCGUCGUCGGCGGGGCAUUCACCGCGUCCCUUGGCUGCCGCCCUCCAUGGGCGCCUACACGCUCGACACGCAUGAUAGCGUCCCACACGACGCGGUCUUGUCGAACCGCCACCUCCUGCGCACUCUCGCCCGCGAACGUCUAGUGGUCUACCAGAGUCUGUCCAGCAUGUUGCCGGUGCUCUUGCUUGACCCGCAGCCGGGCGAGGCGGUGCUGGACCUGUGCGCGUCGCCGGGAAACAAGACGGGGCUUAUUUUGGAUGCCAUGCACGGCGCCGCCACCGCCGCCACAGCAUCGACAUCGCCCUCCUCGCGUGAAGUCCCCACUUCUGUGUUGAGUGGGUGCGUCGUGGCGAACGAGGCGCAGGCGUCGCGCCUUCGCGAUUUGCAGGACCGGCUUCGCGAUGUCUCGCCCGAAGUGGCCGUCACACGUGGCCGUGGUCAGGCCUUCGGUUCCCCCGCCUUCUCCCCAUCCACAGCGCCAACAGCGACGUCACCGAAUAAGAUGCGAGGUGGCAGCACGUCGAAGGGGCAGCUGUUCUCUGCGAUGACCCCCGCCGACGAGUUUCCAGGUCUGAAUGAGGAGGACCUGUAUGACGGUGUGCUGGUGGAUGCGCCGUGCUCCGGCGAGGGCCGCAUGGGCCGUGCCGCGCUGUCGUGGCGGCUGUGGCACCCCGGCCGCGGUCUCGAGUUCUUCCCGCUGCAGUGCGCACUGCUACAACGGGCGGUGCAACUCUGCAAAGCCGGCGGCCGCGUCGUGUACGCCACCUGCACCCUCAAUCCGAUGGAGAACGAGGCGGUGGUGGCGGCGGUGCUGCGUGCGUGCGGUGGUGCGGUGGAGCUCGUGCCGCCUCCGACCGGGCUUUUUGCCUCCGCUUCUGCCUCCAUUCGCAGCACUGCUGGAAGCGGUGAGGAUAACGGCCAUGAGGUGCCCGUGCUGCGACUGACUCCCGGGCUGCGCAGGUGGGAUGUCCCGUCGAGCGCCGGCGGCUUUCUUCGCACCGCCGCAGACGCGUACGCGCAGGGCGAGAGCCGACACCGUCUGCUGCCGGAGAUGUUCGCCGUGGAGGGACCGCAUGGAGAAGGCGAGGGCACAGAGGAAGGAAGGGAGAUCGGCGCUGCCCUGCACCGCUGCUGUAGGCGUGUGAUGCCCCACCUGAACGGCAACGCUGACGGCUUCUUUGUGGCCGUGAUACGCAAGAAGGUCAGCCUACGACGACCUGCCCUGAGUGCCUUCGACCAGGAAAGUGCAGCAAGGGGUGCCCUCUUUGACCUGUCGCGUGUCGCCGCCGCCUCCCCGCUUGCCGUGUCGAUGGCGGGCGGAAGCAACUUGCUGAACGAUCGCGGCCUCGUGCGACUGCCGGCCACCAAUCAAAUUGUGCAACGGCACAUCGGCUGCUUCUUUGCCCAGCAUUCUCCAGCUGCUGUAUCCGCAUCACAGCUGCAGCAGCCACAAGAGCAGCGAGGUUGUGUGAGUGUGCAGCACUUUCUGGACCGGCAUGGGUGGACAGCGAUGUGGUGCGAAGGCGAAGGGCUGCGACUGCUGUCCACGUGUGCGGUGCAGCUCCUACACCGCCACGCCACCGCUGCCAGCACUGGCCGAGGUGGGCCGUCGCCGUCCAGUGUGACGUCAACGGAGCUGCUUGACGCGGGCGUCAUCGUCGUCAACGCGCGGGGCGAACUGACCGAGCGCGGUGCUGCCCUUCUGCGCCGCAGCGCCACCAGCCGAGUCGUGACGCUGCCGCUGCCCUACGCGCAGCUGCUCCUGGCAAAUCAAACGUUGGACGUUGGUGGGUCUUGGGGACUCUUGCCCGGCGUGGUCCAGGAGGCGGAGCUCGCCUUGAACCCGCAUCGUGGCUUGCUCACCUCUACAGGGAGUCGUGCAACACGAGCGGGAGGAGGGGCGGCGGCACCGUCGUCCUCUCCGCAGUGGUGUCUGAACGUGCUGGCGGCGCUUCGCGAUGGGGCAGCAGGGAAUGCGAUGGUGUGCGUUGAUGUCGCCCCGUCGUCGCAGUCAGACGCUUCUCCUGCCGCUACAGACGGAGGAAGGAAUCCACGGAGUUCCCCCUUCUGGGCGGCUGCGCUGUCGCAGUGGUCGUGGCCGGUCCGUGUGGAGGUACUUCGACCCUGGUCGGGUGUUGAGGAGAGUAUUACUUCUGGUCUGGUGCGGCUGCACCUCACGCUGUCCCCGGCAUCACGUCAUCGCACGUUGGCGUUGAUCGGUCGCCUGCAGGGACAUGCACAUCGGCUGCGCGGUACAUCGGAGCAGCAGCAGAAGCAACAGGCAAGUGCCACCUCCGACCCAUCGCUGGUAAUGAGUGAGCAGGAUUUGUACGGAGUCCCGACGCAGGCGAGCCGUCAGCACCGACAGCUGCUUCAAGGUGCCAGAGGACGAGGAGGCGGGGUUUGCUUGCCCGACUUGGAUGCGGCGCGUGCAGGCAACGAGACGUCGGCUGCAUCUCCCGCUCCCCCUGACCCUUCCGAAACUGUCUUUGAGCUGUAG